AUGAUGCCCAACGGAGUUGCGAGCCCCGUCCGUCAUCAGGAGGAUGCGAAUGUGGAUGAAUUUCUCAAGCAACUCCUCGACGGACCGAGUAUGCGUUUUGAUGAGACCCUCCUUAGACCAGUGGAAUGUGGCGGUGUGCAGAUUCCCGUCCCCCUCGGCGCAGUGUUCGUGACCCUCCACCGAAAGCACAAUGAGCAGAUGUCCGGCGAGCCCUUCUACAGCUUUCUGCAGGAUGGAAACUUUGAUUACAACAUUAGCAGUGACAUGGAGGAUGCGGAGCUAGGCGCCACUCUUGAUACCCUAGUGUCAUCAAAUAUCACCCUAGAGGAGUGUUACAACACUCUGGAUAAAUACGAUGCAGGGGCGCUAUACCGACUCCUCUAUCGUCUUAUGCGCCGCCUCUCCUUUAAACCCUUUCCCAUCUCUGGCAGAUCCUGUGAAAUUAUCUCUACUAUCGACUUGUUUGAUGACACAGACCCAGUACUACGAGGCCACCUGAAGUUCUGGGAGAAGGAGCCGAUUGGCAUGGAGUUCGAGCAGCCGGAGUCCUUUCAAUUACCGGAAAUUGAUGACGAGAACAGAAAAAAUUGUCAAGUCCUCUUUCGACUGGAGAUCAACUGGGUGACCAAUAAGGUGCGUCAGUAUCCCUACCGUCAAGACCGUGUGACCUGGGCCUGGGAACGCGCAAUUUGGGACAUGCAGGCCCACAUUCUGAAGAACGCUCUCUGUGUCAACUACUCAAACUUUUGGAAUCCACGCGUGGAGUUGAAGGAGAAGAUCAUUCAUGAUAACAAGGAGUGUAACCAGGCCGCGUGUGCGUGUAGAUUCUUUGUGAAUCCUGCAUUACCCUGA